AUGCAUCGUGUCGGGGCUCUUGGGCCGCUGCGUGUAGACCACGGACGGCGUCGUGUGCUUCCUCAUGUAAUUUAUAUUCAUAAACCCGCCGCCGCCGCGGGGGGCGGGGAGAUUCAUGUUGAAAUUCUCGUAAACGGGGUAAUAGCCGCCGUAUGGGAGGUACGGCGGCGGUGGCUGGUGGUGGGGGUGUACCGGCGAGCCGACCUCGCCGUGAAGAUGCAGGGACUCCGAAUCGGAUCCAUCCUCGUCCUCCGAAUGGAAGUGGAGAUGCGAACCGGAGACGGAGUCGGAAUCGGAGUUGGAGUGGAGGUGGUGCUGGAUUUUCUCCGGCGGCGAACCGGGCGGAUGCGGGUCCCCCUUUCGCUGGGACGGCAGAUUGAGAACCGGGGAGGACGAACCGCUUGUGGAGCCGUCGAGAUAUUGGGUGAAAAAGCGAUCGAGGGAGAGCCCGACGGACUUGAGGGAUUGGAGAUAGGCGACGUGGGCCUCGGCGAAGGCGAAACGCUGUCGUAUGGCCUCGUCGAGAAAAGAGCAGCGCUCGCGGCACAGGGCCACCGCCGGCGAGUCUUCGAGCUUCGAGCUGGCGCAGCCCAUCAGGAAAUCAAUGGAUUUGAGGUCAGCUGCAGAGAGGAUGGUUUAAUUGCUCAUUAA